AGGCGCGGGCGCGCCUGCCGGCGUGAUUCCUCUGCGGCUGUGGUAGCAGCCGGGAGCCUUCGGGAUGAGCUCUGCGGAGGCCGACCGCUGGGCGUGGCUGCUGGUGCUCAGUUUUGUGUUUGGGUGCAACGUCCUUAGGAUCCUCCUCCCAUCCUUCUCCUCCUUGAUGUCCAGGGUGUUGCAGAAGGAUGCAGAGCAGGAGUCACAGAUGAGAGCAGAGAUCCAGGAUAUGAAGCAAGAGCUCUCCACAGUCAAUAUGAUGGAUGAGUUUGCCAGAUAUGCCAGGCUGGAAAGGAAGAUUAACAAGAUGACGGAUAAGCUCAAAACUCAUGUGAAAGCACGGACAGCUCAGUUAGCCAAGAUAAAAUGGGUUAUCAAUGUUGCUUUCUACAUAUUGCAAGCUGCUUUGAUGAUCUCACUCAUUUGGAAGUACUAUUCUGUCCCUGUAGCUGUUGUGCCAAGUAAAUGGAUAACCCCACUAGACCGCCUGGUGGCCUUUCCUACUAGAGUAGCAGGUGGUGUUGGAAUUACCUGUUGGAUUUUAGUCUGUAACAAAGUUGUGGCCAUUGUGCUUCAUCCUUUCAGCUGAAAAGGAAGAUAAAUGUGGCAGUGAGACAUUUGAAAAAUGGAUUUUCUUUUAUAUUAGGUUAAAAAUCUUAUUUAUCCUUUUUGCUGUUGAAUAUGUUUGUUCUUAGACUUCAUGUGAGAUCCUUGUAAGAAUUAAGAUUUUUCUGCACUUGUCUUUGGGCCAGAAAAGUCCGUUUAUGACACAUGUAACUUUUAUUUUCCCCACAAAAAUGUACAUGUUUCCUGCUUUCUUGUGGACCUGAGCCGGAAUGCCGAGGAUGUUGGGGGUUUCCUCCAUGACUCUGACUAGCAGGUUGUCAAUAUAGUCUCCCAGCUCAUGGACCUGAAAUUCCUUCUGACUUAUGUUUCCUUCUGUUUGAGGACCAUCUGGAUCAGCUCAUCAGAGGUCAGCUGUGCUUAAGCAAAGGCAGGGUCCUCGGAGGGGUCCUAUUUCUUUUUUUUAGAGACAGAGUCUCACUU